CCCGCACACGACACGCCCGCUGCAGCCUCCCCCGCCCCCUCUACGGUCUGUAGCUUCCAAAAGAAGUCGACAACAUCGUCGAGAACCCAGGCCUUGACUGAUUUUGCAAUGGGCGACACUCUCGAGGAGCGAUUGAAGAGCCAUGCUCGGGCUUUUGAGGGGCUGAUGUCCCUCAUCCCAGCCGAAACAUACUACGGAAAAGAUGAGAGCAUCACCAGCACGCAAUGGCAAAAGAAGAAGAAGCAGACCCUCGAAGAGCGACAGGCCGCCAAGCGAGCCAAGCUAGAUCCCGCCUCUCACAAGUCCGCCAAAGACGUCAUGGACGAGAACGCGCGAAAGCGGAAGCGCGAGCUGGAGGGCGAGGUGUCGGAUGCCGCGUCGUCAGACCUCGACAUGGAUAUCGAAAAGGAGAAACCGCUAGAGGGCAUCAAGAGUAAAGCCAAGAAGCAGAAAACCAAAGUCGACAAGCCAGCCGUGACCGAAGACGAGGACGCCGGCGAGACACGUGCUCUCUCAAAGGCUGAGGUAAAGGCCGAGGAAAGGGCUGAGAAGAGAAGGGAGAAGAAGAAGGCGAAGGCGACACAGAAGAAACAGAAGCAAGAAGCGAAGAAGGCCCAAGGAGCCGAGUUCAGCAAAAGUCUCACGGCCACGCAAGAACCUGAUGAGGACGAAGUCGAUGAAGACGAUGAAGAUGAUACCAACGAACUCGAGCAUCCCGACGAUCGUAUACAAGCGUUGGACGUUAGCGGGCUCAUCGAAGAGGGUCAGUCUACUGUUCCCUCAACUGCUGCAAAUUCCAAUUCCUCCGCAGCUUCCAUCGUGUCAGCCGCCUCCUCAUCGUCAUCGUUGCCCCCGUCCGGCGAGGAAGUACAAGAGAAAAAGAUAAAGAAGCCUUACAAGAUCGACGAACAAAGUCACGACAAUUUUCGAACGCGAUUGAAUGCAAAGCUAGAGGCUAUGCGUGCAGCGCGCAAGGCUGAUGGACCCGACGGGCGACCAGCCAAAAACCGUGCUGAACUCAUAGAGCAACGACGGAAAAAGGAGGCUGAGCGCAAGGCGACAAAGAAAGUGAGCCGACAAGAGGCCAAGGACGACGAGGCACGGCAGAAGGCAGAAGAGCAGCUCGCACGGAUACGAGGCGGUUCAGGUUCGCCUUCAAUAUUCCCGCCACGGUCACCGGAAAACGAGCGGAGUUUCAAUUUCGGUAGAGUAGCAUGGGACGGGCAACAGCUUGAAGGCAAUCUCUCCGGCUUCCUAGAGUCAAGAAAGAAGAAGGGCAAGUCGGAUGCGAAGACAGCCCUUGAUGCCGCGCAAAAGAAACAGGCGCGGAUCAACGGACUUGACGAAGAGAAGCGAAAGGACAUCCAAGAGAAGGACCUCUGGCUCGCUGCGAAGAAGAGAGCGCAGGGCGAGAAAGUCUUCGAUGACGUAGGUUUGCUGAAGAAGAGCUUGAAGCGACAACAAAAGCAAAAGGAAAAGAGCAAGCAGGAGUGGAAGGAGAGGCUCACGAAUGUCGAGCACGGCAAAGAAAAGAAGCAGAAGCAGAGGGAGGAGAAUCUAAAGAAGAGGAGAGACGAGAAGGGCCAGAAGCAGAAAGGAGGAAAGAAGAAAGCCAAAAAGCCUGGUAAGAAGGUGAAGCGACCGGGGUUUGAGGGUACCAUGAAGGCAAGAUAAUCUUUGCAAGACACUCGAGCAAACGAACAGAGAGGGAAUGAUCUUACAAGAUCGUCUUGGACAUGUGAGGGAGUUUCUUCCAGGGCUAGCGUAUCGAGUUUCGGUAUGCAAAAAUAUUGGGAAAGCAUUUGGCGUUUGAUACCAUAUCAUGGCGGCAUCAUCUGAGCGUUAGGAGUAUAUAUGGCCGUUGAAUAUCAUGACGUCUUUUGAUGAAAAAUCCCCAUUGGUCCUUACCGUGAUGUAUGUGUCUUUUUGUCUUGUAUAAUUGAUAGAAAGGUGCUGUACGUGCAUGAGAAGUAGCAGUAGCUCGUAUAUGCUCUGCGGGUGUCAACAAUCGCCCGAGUAGCGACAACUUCCCUUCCAAUAACGUCGCACCUUGACGUCUCUCGUCGUUACCGCACAUCGAUGGCGCUCCACAAUCCAUG